AUGAUCACUGCUUUAAUCCUCGCGAGUCAAAAUAUUGAACUUUCAAAAGGCGACUCGUAUAAUUCAACACACGUAAGCAAUGUUUUUCAAAACGCCACCAGCCUUGAUCAGAACAUAACAAAUAUAAUCAAUCAAGAACACACACAAGACACAGAAGAAAAUAAAGAGGAGGCGGUAACAAUAGAUAGUAAUGGAUCCAACCUGAAUGAAUUCGAAAAUUUAGGGAUUAUAGCAGGGGCGGCGCACUGUUUUUGGAGUGAGCUGGAUGGCGGCGCGCUACCCGCUGCGCAGUUCGCGGCGGCGGCCGGCAAACUUUACCGACCGUGGAAAGAAAGCCAUGACUUAGAUGCGCAGCAGGCUGACAUAUCCGCAAUCAACCUCCCCGCGCGUUUCCGCGGCGCCAUCACCAGUUUCCAAGAUGACAUAGCAGCAGUACUCUUGGCAAAGGAAUUUGUAACCACUGUCCGGGUCCGCCCGCUCUGCGUCCUCUUUGAUGACGACUUGGAGGCUGAUUUUCUGCGCAGUGAGAAUGAAGGCAUGAUCGUGGGUUGGGGCCUGACAUCAGAAGACGGGACGCCUGCGCAGACGCUACAAUCCCUGUACAUGCCGUACGUGCCAAUCGAGGACUGCAUCGCUAGCGCAGAACCCGGGUUCCUGAAGUACAUUACCAGUGACAAAAUCUGUGCGGGCGUUACCACAGGCAAGUCAUUAUGCCGUGGCGACAGCGGCGGCGGUUUAGUAUUCAACAGCGAUCUCGUCUUCAUCGACAGCGAGGAGCCGCGGCCCUUCCUGUACGGCGUAGCGUCCACUGCUCCACGCAACGCGCACAGCUGUAACACGCACGCCCGCGCCACGCUCACGCGCGUGCUUGCGCACCGCGCGUUUCUGCGUGCGCAUAUACCGGAUAUAGAGGAUGCGUGCGCGCAUGGGUCCAGCAGAAUUUUCAAGUCGGGAUUGGACAGGACGAGGGAGGAAAGCAAACGAGGGAGGGAGGAUACUAAGCCAGUUUUUAAUUGCAAUUGUUUUUGUAAUUGCAAUAAUUUCACUACACCUUAACA